AGGACUUCGAAAGGUGCAAUUCCUUUCACAGUAAUAUCCCUCCUUUCACACAAACCCAAAAUGGCGUUUCUCUGGAAUGCGUUUGGUCAGAACGCAGGUUCUGACACCAACCAAGGACGACGCGGGUCCGAACUCGGACCAUUAUCCAAGAAAAAAACUUGAUUUGAACAUGAUACUAUGCUGGUUGUGCAUAAUUAAGACGACAUUUGUAUGCGGACGACGUUUUCUCGCUAUGCAUAACAUCAGUGUAAGAAUGUGUAAGCAUUUUCUGCGUGAGAAAUUCUUCUGUCACAGCAAAUCAGCAUUACAAAUCAAGGAAAAACCUCUUUCAUAGAUGACCCUCUCGAGCAACGGUGACAAAAUGUUGAAGGACUUCCGCGCCUCCGUCCACAACCACCUGCCAAAUUUAGGAGGCGACAACGUAUUUUUAUAUUGCAGUCAUGCAUUACAAGUUUUUUUCUCAAGGUAAAUCCGCAUUACAAAUUUUAUUUCUCAUGCGGAGGGAAUUUGUCAUGCGUUUAUACGAGUACGAUACUUUUGCAGUUCAUAUUUUUUACCACUUAUUAAUUGCUUUGCAUCAGAAAUUUGUUUGUGAUAAUGAGCUUGUACAUGUUAUGGUAUUCUCGUCUGUAGAAGACUCCUACGCAUUUUGUCAUCCUCUUUUGUGAAACAAAACAACUAAACCCCAACUACAGCAUGCGUCCAAGAACCAGGGUGUCAUCCACACGACCUCGCUGCCGAGUACUGCCGCCCUAUGAAGUGAAAAUAUGUCUGGGUCUGGAAAAUAAAGUGCAAGUUUGUCAUGCUUGUCUGGCAUGACUCAGAAAUCUGUGAUGCAUGAACAGGAAGAGGCCCUCCUGCGUGUUAUGGAAAAACGCAGUUUGUCAUGCGGAAAGCGAAAUAUAAAGGAGCCCAGGAACUUGUCAUGCGUGGCUGCGUAUUUUUGCAGUGCGCCCACCAGACACAACCUAGCAUCACAAGUUUGUUCCAGUCUCAGACAUAUUUGGAAUGCAUACGCCAGCGAGAACACCAACACCCCCGCGUUCCACCUGCGCAAGCAGUUCGACUAUCAAAACAGAAAAUGCACCCGAGGCCGUACUCAAAAAGGAAAUUUGUGAUGCUGUUUUGUCACCACGAAUCAAAAACAAGUGGCCCGUCGCAAUCAUUUGCAGAUGAUUUCUCAUGCUGCUUUCUGAUGUGGAACAAGGUGCGCGCGGUGCUAAACCGCUGCGCACGUACUUACACCACUGGGCAGUUGUCUCGGAAAUCGUCUACUGAGGUCGUGUCUAUUUUGCAAGACAGGAUGUUCAUUCGGGCAUACAAAUCGCGCAUCACAAAUUACUCUUUUUUGAGUAUUGAGACGGGUGACGCUUUUCGUUUUGAUAUCAACGCAAAACCUAUGCCAUUCAAAGUGAAGGAAAGGAUCCAGGCCAUCCCGCUGCGGAACCCGGCAAUGCAGGAUAUCACAAUUGAAAAUUUUCAAUCGCCCGUAUGCAAAGAAACAGUUUCAGUCAUGGGUUUCAUGUUCCAAGCUCACGAUGUAAGUAGCAUUAGCAUUGUGUUUUGAAAAAAUACCUCCCCUUGUAGUUCAAAUAGGCGUUGUCAUACAACUGUAAUGCGUGAUGGUGACGGGUUGCACCACAGUAAGUCGUGGCACCAGAUGCAGCCUUUGUUCCGCAUCUUUGCGUAGUACCGGGAAAGUAAAAAUUUUCACUGUGAUAAUCCUUGACCGAAAUUUCCUGCGAGACCAGCGAGAAUUUGGCUUCCUGAACGCAAAGGCCGGCCAACAACCAGGAGUCGGCGGAGCGUACGGGGUAUCCUGAGUAAAAACGUACCCACAUCAGAGUUGUAAUGCAGAUUUGCAAAGACAGGAAGACUUGUAAUGCGCAUCCCCAUGGUAGCCAUUUCCAGUCGUGUUUUGGAAUUUGUGACGCUGUGAACCGGAUGAGCAGAUGAGUCUGUGAUGCGGCUGCACUUGCUAGCCUGCAGUACACUGCAUCGCGCAACUUGUCAUGCGUGACUCACAAAGCCCCUAGGUUUGUGUUGCAAAAUCCCCAUCCUUACUCUGGUGUGGGUACGUUUUUACUCAGGAUACGGGGGAAUGCAUCCGUAUCCAACGAAAAAUGAACAGCGUUUGAAAAGGAAGAACAGGAAAAUCACUAGGAAUUACCCAAGGGACCUAUCGUCUAGGCAUCGUUCUGCGCAUGACAAGCUUCGUUGUAAGGGAUGCAAAAAGAUAACUUGUUGAGCACGUGGUCAUACGAGCGUCGGUUUUGACGACUACGAGAUGCAGACGUGCGAGUGGCCGCCUUCUCUGUUCUACAACACCCCAACGCUGCGUGUGUCCUUUCCAUACCCCACUCCAGAAGAACGAGAUCACCCACACCGUGCGAAAGCAUAUCCCGAAGAAAAAGUACACCCAUGUCCUCGGAAGAGAAGGCAAUUUGCGAUGGAUGCAAACCUUCCUGUGCGAUGCAGAUGUUGCUUUGCUGUCAUGAAAUAGCGCAGAGACUGUCAUGCGGGAUAGGGAAGAUAGGUUUGUGACCCUGACAGGAUUCGUCUUGCAGGAUAGGCAAAGUGCCCGCCUCCGUAAUUCUGAAAUUGCAUCACAGAUUUGGGUGUAACUUUCUUCUGGGAUAGUCGAAUCAGUCCACACCUUGUACGAGGGCACAGUCAUCGCGGAGAUAUCCCAAAUACGAAAAUGAAAAGGCUAUAGAUCCUGGGAUGUUGACCCAAACUUGUCAUGCCGUGUAGCUCGUCGAUCCUACAGUCCCACUUUGUCAUACGAUCUGUGAUGCUGCGUCACAAAUUAAUAGCACCUUGGUGACGUCGUGCAGCAUGCCUCCACUCCUUCUCGCUCUGCUGCGCAUGACAAACUUGGCUCCUUGCCGGGAGAAGUUUGUAUUGCUGAUUGGCAUGACAAAUUUGGGUCACCUAGUAUCAUUACAUUCUCCUUUCAUACCUCUCCGUCAAGAAACCGGACAACAUCUCCGCGAACUUGUGGUUGGCCAACAACUUCGUCAAGAUUUUCAAAGAGGUAUACAAUUUUUGUUUUUUUGUCAAAAAUGAUCCCCCCAGCUCCUACCCAAAGGGAAAUUUGUGAUGCCGAAUUGUGACCACAUAAUUUUGUACCGGAACAAGGCGCUUCUAGCGGCGCAGCAGUGCUGCGUGCCAUGCAAAACGGCUACAUGCUACAUCUCUGCGCGCAGACUUGGAAACUGCCCGAGAAAAUGCGUUGUUUCAAGAAAUCAAUUGUGGAUCACAAAUGCUCAUCGCUGGGUAUGGGGCCGGGAAUUUUUAACUUUGAUUUCUGCGUCGUACUAAAGUUAACAACAAAGUUCUCAAUCACGAGAAUCGCAUCUGAUCAUGUUGUUGCGUGAAGACAGUACGUAGCGAUGAGUUAAGGUACACACACACAUGAUGAAUUUUAGAAUAAAUCCACAACAACAGAUUUCGAUGGUCUCCUCGUUCAUGCUGGCCGGCGCGUGCACGGAGCAGUCCUGCCCCACGAUGCGUGCUGUAUCAAAAGGAAAAAUCCCCCUCCCCAUAUGAUCAAACACAGUUUCUCAUGCUCAAUUUGCGUACACAAAUCAAAUGGCUUGCUGGAAAGGACUGCAGGCCUAUGCUGAGCCUGAGUAGCGAGAUUUUGGGCUAGGCACUGAGCAUGGCAAAGGUCUACUCUGUAGGGGCAACAUCAUGACAAACCGCCUGCAGAAUGCAGCGGAGUCCGUGGAGUUGCGUUCUUGCAAGACAGAGACGAUUUGUGACCACAAAUCAGCAUUACAAAUUUUCUGAGACGUACCUUUUUGAUAUGGGGAGGGGGGAUUUUUCCUUUUGAUAUGCCGGCACCCACAACUACCUCUGGCAGGACCACAACCCCGACGGCACCGUGACCUCCGGUAUGCAUUACAAAAAUGUCUGGGUUUUGGAUUUUUGUGAUGCGAAAUUUGAAGAACAGCAAGAUCUGUAAUGCGUGGAUGGGAUUGGUCAUUUUCUCUCUCAUGCUGGAAGCAAGUUUGUCAUGCGUUUUACGAAUGAAUCUGCAGCAAGCUUUGAAAAACGUUUAUAUGCUGUUAUGCCGUACAGGAGGUACGAAUUUCCUGUACGAAGCGAGUAUAAGCAACACAAACUUCCAGAGACCCAGACACCUAUUUGCAUUUCAUAUCCGGCGUGCCGCUCUCCGCCCCGAAGUACAUCAAGGCCGUCUUGGACACCGCACAGAACUUCCUCAAUGACCGAAGAGUCUUUCCCACGCACGGUGGCGAAUUUCCAGAGUGCUUUCAGGAACUGGUAUAGAGAGUUUUUUUGAAUUUUCUGAGGAGAGAAAUAACCAACAGAAUCAACAGCUUGUUAGAGUGGUAGACUAAUUUAGAUCGCAUGGUUUUUUCAGCCGACUGCUACCCAUGUCGAAGACCAACGUCAAAGCUCGAUUCUUUUUGAGAGGACGUACUCAUGAUGCAGUUUACCAACAUUGGGGUACUAAAACCUACGUGUCUACUUGCAUUCCGUGUAUCCAAACUCCAAAACAGGUCGGCCCGGUGGUCCGUCGCUUUUUCCGGUGCUAUUGCCACUUCUACCGCCACCACCUCCAGCAAAUGGAGGAGCUCGGCAUCGAGAAGCGCGUGCGGUUCUGUGCGGCGUUCUGCAUUAUGAUUUUGAAAAUCGGUUCUGCACUUGGUAUUUGCUAUGCGCCGUUUCACGUCUAACUCUGUAUUUGCGAACCAUGGCACGAGCAGGUAGCAGUGCGGUGUUCGUUAGUGCAGUCUGUACAGUUUUGCACCAUCAUGUUUUCCUCCGAAACAAACCUCCACAUGUCAGAUGCCAAAGCCGUUUUUCGAAAUCAUAGCAAGCUUGUUCUGCUUGGAGCACGACCUGUGCACCCCGGUCGAGUAUCAAUUGCAAAUGUGUUUGGGUCUGUAGGAUUGGAGGACUUGGCAUUCUUGUUUGGUGUGAGUCUGGGCUCUGUAUUGCAUGCUUACGAAGAAGUCUUCUAGUAUAAUCUGUCAUGCAGCAACGAAAUUUGUCAUGCAAAAAGAGUAUCAAGCUCAAGAUUUACCAGCCCAAAAACCUGUUAUGCUUGCUUGUACAUUGUAGUCUCCUUCACUCUUCGCAUCCUAGCAUUACAACCUCCCAGACCCAGAACUAUUUGCACAUGCAUAUCGAGUACGAAACCAUCUCGCCGUUGAUCGACGCGUGGGUCAAAGAAGUAUCAAGUGUAAAAAUGUCUGGGUCUGGAAGAAUGCAACUUGUCAUGCUAAAUCUGAAGCAUCCAAAAAUCUGUCUUGCAUGAUUAAGUACCAAAAGUCGGGAGGGAGUUUCUCGUGCAGGAUAGGCAUGAGAGAGAUCGCGCAGAAUCUGUCAUGCUAGGUCCUG